CAUUCGACCAUUCGACGACGACGACGACGACGAUUGCUUUCGUGCUUUGUGUUGUGCUUUGCUUUCCUUGAUGACAGAAUUUACUCAUUUUAGGUUAUAUUGAAUGUUUUUUCUAAUUCUAACAACAAAUUGCUUGAUUGAGCUUAUGCUUGGCUCCAAAUUUUCUUUAUUAUCAAAUCUACCACCAUGAACGUAGAUGUGGAGAAUUGUAUCCGGCAAAACAUACCGUGGUCAAAACUUCCUCCAAAUGUCAAGCAGAGCUUAGCUGAUGUUCAAAAAGAGUAUGAAAAGCAAAUAGUCAGCUACAGUAUCAAAAACCAGCUACGAUUCCGUGGUAAUUUGGUUCGUCAGGUCAGAAAAGACAAUGGUGAACCCAAGUACUAUGAAGAACUGUUGGCUUACAGUCAGACAAAUUUGCUGCUGUACCCAUAUCAUUUGAGCGAUGUUAUUGUAAGAGGUUUGAGAGUAACUCCUUUCCAAUACUAUUCAAGCAUAUUAAAGUCAAUUAUGGAGCAGGAACGAAGCUAUGACUCCUUGCCGAACUUCACUGCAGCUGAUUGUCUGAGGCUACUAGGGAUCGGAAGAAAUGAGUAUAUUGAUCUGAUGAAUCAGUGUCGAUCGGGUCAGAAAUUGUUUAGAAGGAAAAAUGUCAAAGAUCUUCUUCCGAUGCAACCUGUUAAUAUAACUAUGGAGCCCUGGUGGAUAGUUGAUGUUGGAUACAUUGUUGAUUCUGAUAUCAAGCUUGUUACUCAACCAGAAAAAGAAAUUAUUGAUAAGAUUAUCGAUAAUGGACCUCAAAAAGCCGGGGAUCUUGAUUGCACAGUUCUUCUGAGUGUAUACAAGAAAGGUCUGGUAUACUUGCAAUUACCAAUAGAGGACUGUGACCAUAUUGUUGUGCCACCGUUGGAAGGCUUUGUCAUGAACAGGGUAUCUGGUGACAACUUUGAAAAUCUGCUCUACAAAAUAUUUGUUUCAACUGACGAACAUACUUCAGUUGGAGAGCUUGCAAACGUAUUGAGAAUGGAUUCUCAGUCGGUUAAAAAUGCAGUUUCUCUCUAUUGUCGACUCGGGUUCGCCAAGAAAAAGAUGCAAGAAUCUGAAAAUCCAGUUUGGCAUUCUUCAUGGCGAUAUCCAGUGAGAAUAACAAGGAAUAGCCUUAGUCCAAGCACCGAGGAUCCUCUGAUUUUGGAAUUGAACGAAGCAUUAGCUGAAACUAAUAUCCAGGAGGAGCCACCGCUCACCACACAAAAUGAUGUCGAUGAAGAACCAUCAGCUGCCAAAAAUAAGCGCACAGCAUUCCUUUUUGAUUCCACACUUACUGCAUUCCUUAUGAUGGGAAAUCUCUCAUCAGGAUUGAAGAGUCAUGCGGUCACUAUGUUCGAAGUCGGGAAAUUGUCUGAUGAACUAAUUGACAGUUUUCUUUGCGAACUAGAAAAGGUGAGCUCUUCGAGAGAUGACAGUGAGGGCGAGGUGCGUAGAUACUUUGAGCACGCUCUCAUUCUGAGGUCGACAGUUAUGAGGCUGCGCUAUGUCAACUCAGGCCUGGAUCUAGUCCGUUGCGAGAGUCUGCAGUCAUUGGACAACGAAACAUGUGCCAGGCUGCUUGAGAAAAACUAUGGGUUACUGGUAACGAUGGCCCCUUUGAGCAAAGAGGUGAGGCCUGUAGUGACACACCAGCCACCUCAUCUUGGACCUCCCACGCAACAAGUCAAUUCAAUUUGGUUCAAAUUGUAUCUGUAUCAUAUCACUGGCAGCGGGCCAAACUCCAUACUUUUCACUAGAGGUACUCGAGUUAGAAAACUACCGAAAAUACUGAAGUCGUGUGAACGAGUUCUUGUUACUCUGUGGGGUCACGACCCAACUGUCAUUCCAUUGGUCAACCUGAUAUUCGCUUUAAACGACGCCCUCUUCCACUCGCCUGUCCUUGUCCAAGCGUAUGGAUCAAGCAAAGGAGCUGAUGUACACAUGCUUCCCUUUCCGUUCUUGGAUGAGUCAAAAGAUAAUUCAAGAUGGCGGAGUCAUGCUGCCGUGGAGAAGGUGGGCAAACAGCUGGACCUGCAGCACACGUGUGGCUACCUGACAAUGGUGCGCCUGAAGCGAACUGCUCAGCCGGGCAGUCUGGCUCCACUGACAUUGUGGAGCAAUGUGGACUCCACUGACAGGCACCUCCAGCCUAGCACCUCACUCACCAGCUCCAUAUCAGACGCCACUUGGCCACUUCACAAUCCUCCAGGUAAUGAGAGCCCAGUGAACGGAAUCACUGACAGAGAAAGUGCCCACAUACUAGAGGAAGAGUUGGAUGGGCUGACAGAAGCCGAAGCUUGUGGUAGCAGCAAAAACUCACCCAGCAGAGAAACAGUCGAAGCUAAAGAUGUAAAAUCUUCAUGGACUGAAAUUGGAAAGCCCAGUAUAGACAAAAGGAAAGAUGACAACGUAGGUGAAUUGUCCGAUUGGAUGCUAUUGGAAUGUCUGUUUGGAGUACCUUUGUUUGAGGCUGAAAUAAACGAAAAGAUCUGUGAUACCAUUGUGAAUAGGCUGACUGAUAAAACUAGUCUUGAAAAAUUAGUCAUUUCCAAUCAGAAACUUGGAAAAAAUUUGGAAGAGUUCAUCGUUCAAUUCCAGGAUCUCAACAAAAUCUGCACUCCUCAGAUGUUCUCUCCAAGCCAGAGCUCAGUUCCUUGGCCAGCCACAAACCUCAUGUUUGUCAACGGCCAACUCAAACAAUGGGACAGACAGUGAUUAUCAACUGUACCUAUAUAUAGUGUUUAUAUUUAUAUUUAUGGUAAACUAUACUGUAAAUUCCAUUUUUCUAUGUCAAUAGAUAUUAAUACGAGCUUGAAGGGCAUGUGAUAUAUAUGAAAAUUGUAGAUAUUUAAGUUUUCAGUUGUUGAUAGAGUACUUACAAAAUGUUUAUUAUUGAAGAUUUCUAUGAUUAUGUAUCAGCUGCAAUUGUUCUGUAGCAGUAGAAUGUUUUCAGGUUUGUUACAAAUUUGUAGAUUUUUAAAAAGUUCACAUCCUGUAGCAUUGCAACUAAUAAUGUUGUAGGUGCAAGUAAAUAGAACAUUUUCAUGAGUUCAAAAUUAGUACCUACUCAAUUAGUAAAGUAUAGCGAAUAGGACAUCCAAUUUUGUACUUUCUAAAUGUUUUUCAAGAACAUAUAAGUUUCAUGGUACCUUAUUAUUUUCCCUCUGGUUCACUUCUAAACUAAUUUUGGAGUAUUCUCUUGUAUUUCCCAAAACAUCUGACUCUCAAUAUUUUGUUACAGCGAAUUAAGUACAUUAUUAAUUUGCAUAUUACCAU